AAAAUACUUGUCGGAUUUGAGCGAUCCGGUUGGAACCGCGACUUUGGUAAAUCUUUUUCCAUAACAAUCUAACGGAUCGCUAAUAAAAGUUGCGAAUUUAACAGGGACUAAAUGUAUUAGUAUUUCACAGUACAAGGACCAAUUAAUUGUAACCCAAAAAAAGGCAGCAUUCAUUUCAAACUGCCGAAAGUAUCAACCCUAAACCCUAACAAUGGCAGAUCAAGAACAAAAUCUAGAACAAGGCGAUAAUCAUCAAUAUGGUGUUCUUCUCUAUUAUAAAUACACUCUAAUUCCUGAUCUUAAUUCUCUCCUCUCUUUCUACAACUCCAAUUGCACCUCUCUUUCUCUACUCGGCCGUGUCCGCCUCUCCUCUCGCGGCGUCAAUGUUACUGUUGGUGGUUUAUUGUCGUCGCUAAAGAAGCAUAUAGCGGCGGUUGAAUUACUUAAAUUAUUUGAAGGAACAGACUUCAAGCUUGCUGCUUCUCAUUAUCCUUUGAACGAUAAAGUCGCUCGCGAGUGCGGAUUCACUUCUCUUUCCAUUCGCAUUGUCAAGGAAUUGGUUACAUUUAGCUCUUAUCCAUUGUUAAAACAACCAGAUGUUUCAAAUGCUGGAAAGCACCUCUCUGCAUUUGAGUUCCAUUCUGCUCUUAAAAGUGCUGGGCAACGUGAAGGUUCAAAGUCCAAUGAAGGACUUGUUCUAUUAGAUGCAAGGAAUUUAUAUGAGACAAGAAUCGGGAAGUUCCAUGUGCCUUCUGUGGAAACUUUGGAUCCAGAAAUUAGGCAGUAUAGUGAUCUGCCAUCCUGGAUAGAUGAUAAUUCGGAACAAUUGCGAGGCAAACAGGUGCUUAUGUAUUGCACUGGAGGAAUCCGGUGUGAGAUGGCAUCAGCCUAUAUUAAGUCCAAAGGAGCUGGAUUUGAAAAUAUAUUCCAGUUAUUUGGUGGAAUACAACGUUAUUUGGAACAAUUCCCUGAUGGUGGCCAUUUCAAAGGAAAGAAUUUUGUUUUUGAUCACCGGAUAUCUGUUGCGAGUUCAGAUACAAAUAUUUUGGGCAUGUGCCUUACCUGUGGCAUGUCCUUUGAUGACUAUUCUUCACGCUGCAGAUGCUCUUAUUGUAGAAUGCUUGUUCUGGUUUGUGAUGGUUGUCAGAUGAAGGAAGCUGUCUAUGUUUGUGAGCUAUGUCAGAAACACGGCAAGGCUGUUGGCUCAGUUCCUUUAACUGAAAAUGGCCAGCCAGAAGAAACAAUGCCAGAAAGUGAGCUCCAAAGCAUUUCAUCAGACAAUGACCUCCUGAGUCAACUGCAGCUGGGACAGGGUACUGGAUCCCCGAGGAAGCUAAGAAUUUUAUGCUUGCAUGGUUUUCGGCAGAAUGCCUCUGGUUUUAAAGGAAGAACUGCAUCAUUGGCCAAGAAACUUAAAAACAUUGCUGAGCUUGUCUUUAUUGAUGCACCUCAUGAAUUGCCUUUCAUUUACCAACCUCAUGUCACCGAACAACAGGACAAUAAAGCGUCUUUUCCUUCACAACAGAUUCUUCCUCCAAAAGAAAAUUGCAGGAAGAAGUUUGCUUGGUUGAUAGCUACUGAUUUCAAAGGGAGUAGUGAAACUGAAUGGAAAGUGGCUGAUGGUCCAUUUGAUCCCCUCCAAUAUCAGCAGCAAGCUGAGGGAUUUGAUGCAUCAAUAGCAUAUUUAAGGACUGUAUUCUCUCAGGAAGGGCCUUUUGAUGGAAUUCUAGGUUUUUCACAGGGAGCAGCAAUUGCAGCCUCAGUUUGUGCUCUAGAUCGGAGACUAAAGGGUGAAAUCAAUUUCAGAUUUGCAAUUUUGUGCUCUGGAUUUGUUCUUCAACUUGCAGAAAUCGAGCCUGGAUCAAUCAACUGCCCCUCCCUACAUAUAUUUGGCAGUACUUCGGGCAAAGACAGGCAGAUUGCAAACCAAGCCAGCAGAGAACUUGCUUCCUUGUUUGAAGAGGGUUCCUCGGUUAUUAUUAAUCACGACUGUGGUCACAUUAUUCCCACCCGACCACCUUUUAUCGACCAAAUUAAAGGCUUUCUUCAACGUUUUCUUUGAUGCUAUUAAUGCAGAUUUUCUUUUUUUAA